AACCAAUUCCGUCACGGUGAAGUAGUAGGCAAGUGUGAGAAUAGCAGAGCCGGUGAAUACAGUGGGUCUGUAUUAGGGGUUUAUAUUAACAUUUAGCUUUAAUGAAGAAAGCAGCGCCUUCAUAAGGACAGAGGAAACGUGCAAAGCCGGUGUUUUGUUCAGGUUCUUCACUCCAUACUAUGUGUGAAUUAACUGUUCAUUGACCUAAGCUGUGACCCCUGAACUCGCAAUGUCAGGGGACUCGGAGCCAAAGCCCUACAUGUUCGGGGGCGGUUCUGAGGAUGAGGAGGCGGCAUCUCCCUGUGGCUCUAUGUCUCACCUACACCGGAUAGACGGGGCUUCAGAUGGCAGUGACAGCAGUCACGACCCACCUCCUUCCCCAGGGUCCCGUCCUCCACUGCAUGAUGACAUAGAAAUGGGUGGGAACGGGUCCAGUGGGAGUGGCACAGAAUCCCACGGCAAUGAUUCCAAUGGCAAUGAGUCUGUGGGCAGCUCCAGUGGGAAUGGCAAAGAUUCUGCGAUCAUGGAAUCAUCAGGGAGCAACAAAAGCUCAAACUCUCAGAGUCCUUCUCCUCCCAGCAGUUCAAAUGCCUUCAGCUUGAUGAGCUCAGAGCAGGACCACCCGUCCACCAGCGGAUGCAGCAGUGAGCAGUCAGCGAAGGCAAAGACACAGAAGGAACUCUUCAAGACACUGAAGGAGUUGAAGCUUCACCUGCCGGCAGAUAAACGCAGCAAAGGACGAGCAAGCACGCUAAACACACUGCGCUAUGCACUGCGCUGCGUCAAGCAGGUCAAAGCUAAUGAAGAAUACUACCAAAUGCUGAUGAUAAACGACAGCCAGCCGCCCGGUCUCGAUGUGUCCUCCUACACCAUUGAGGAAAUCAAUAGCAUCACCUCAGAAUACACUCUGAAAAACACUGAUAUCUUUGCAGUGGCGGUGUCUCUGAUCACGGGUAAAAUCGUGUACAUAUCGGAUCAGGCUGCAGGAAUUUUGCACUGCAAAAAGGAUGAGUUUAAGGACCGCAAGUUUGUGGAGUUUCUGACGCCGCAGGAUGUCAGUGUUUUCUACAGCUUCACCACACCCUACAGAUUGCCCGCCUGGAGCAUGUGCACUGGAGCAGAGUCAUCAUCUACUGAGUUCAUGCAGGAGAAAUCCUUCUUUUGCCGAAUCAGUGGUGGUAAGGAGAAAGAUGGUGGUCUGCAGUAUUAUCCAUUUAGGAUGACCCCGUAUCUAAUGAAGGUUCAGGAUGCGGAACUGUCAGAAGAGCAUUUCUGCUGUUUAAUACUGGCUGAGAGAGUCCACUCAGGAUAUGAAGCACCUCGGAUUCCUCCAGAUAAGAGGAUCUUCACUACAACACACACGCCCAACUGUAUGUUCCAAGACGUAGAUGAGAGGGCGGUUCCUCUGCUGGGUUAUCUGCCUCAGGACCUGAUUGGGACCCCUGUCCUUCUCCACCUUCACCCCAAUGAUAGACCCCUGAUGCUGGCAGUGCACCGCAAAAUUUUGCAGUACAUGGGGCAGCCAUUCGAUCACUCAUCCAUCCGCUUCUGCGCCCGCAAUGGAGAAUACGUUACAAUAGAUACCAGCUGGUCCAGCUUCGUCAACCCCUGGAGCCGCAAGGUGUCUUUCGUCAUCGGACGACACAAAGUUCGCAUGGGUCCUGUGAAUGAAGAUGUGUUUUCAGCUCCUGCUUUUACAGAGGGAAAAAUUAUGGACUCAGACAUUCAGGAAAUCACAGAGCAGAUACAUAAACUACUGCUACAGCCAGUACACAGUAUGGGCUCUAGCGGUUAUGGAAGCCAUGGCAGCAAUGGUUCCCAUGACCAACAGCUAAGUGUGGCCUCGUCCAGUGACAGCAACAGUAACGGCAACGUUGCUGCGGUCAACAGCAACACGGGCCAAGAGGAGGAAAACAAGACCAAACCGAGGUCAUUUCAGGAGAUCUGUAAAGGAGUUCAGAUGCUAAAGGCUCAAGACCAGCAGGGCUCCAUAGCUAAACCAGAUCAGAAAAGGGGCACAGAGACAGGUUUAAAGUCUCCAGGUGUGAAACAAAAGGACUGUGCCCUGGUGGUCAGAGAUGGUACUGCAGCGGUGGAGGAACUAAGGGAUCAUACCACGUACUCCUAUCAACAGAUCAGCUGUUUAGAUAGUGUGAUAAGGUAUUUGGAAAGCUGUAAUAUACCUAUCACAGUGAAGCGGAAGUACCAGUUCUCCUCUAACACCACCUCCUCUAACUCAGACGAGGAAAAGAAAGGAUCGAAUGAAGCCUUGCAGGAUCUUCAAGAUCCUGGAUCCAGUAAGAAGCCUCCGGCUGGUCCUCCUGCUGUUGUCAGUGGUGCUUUGGCUCCUUUGGCCCUGCCCACCAAACCGGAGAGCGUGAUGUCCAUCACCUCUCAGUGUUCAUACAGCAGCACCAUUGUACAUGUAGGAGACAAGAAAACGCAGCCAGAGUCAGAGAUUAUCGAGGAUGUACCAGAGAGCCCCGCCCCUUCUGCACCUGUCAGCAUGGUGUCUCCACCCACAGCGGAGCAGGGAGCCUAUCGGAAACUGGGGCUGACCAAACAGGUUCUGGCUGCACACACGCAGAAGGAGGAGCAGGCGUUCCUCAGCCGCUGCAGAGAGUUAUGCCUGAGCCGGAAACUGCAGAAAGACUCUCCGGGAAACGCGCCCAGGAACCGCGGACAACCUAACAAUGUUUCAUCAGGACCUCGGGUGGCCAAACCAGGGACGUCCACAAAGCGAAGUGGGCGUACCCGAAAACCAAAGAAACCUCGCUUGAAGAAACCUGAUUCGUCAGACAGCGCCAUCUCUCAGCGAAUGCUCCGCCCACCAUUACAGAGCCUGAACCAAACAUCCUGGUCUCCAUCAGAGGCUUCCCAGUCUGCGUUUUCUGUCCCUUACCCCACCUUGGUUCCAGGAUAUCCGCUGUACACAGCUGCUCCUCCACCUGCCAGUACACUGCCCCCUGGUGGUGAACGCAAUGGCACAGGAAGUUUCACAGAGGCUCCAAAUGCCCAAGCCACACCCACUGCCCCUCCAUACCCCGCCCCAAUGGUCACACCAGUAGUGGCGUUUGUUUUGCCCAAUUACAUGUUUCCUCAGCUCGGCACGGCACCACGGCCACCUUUCUAUGCAGAACCGCAACAAGCCUACAAUACCCAGCAGGCUUUUCAGCACCAACAACCUGGAAACCCUCAGCAACCCCUCCAACCACAACAAAACUACAACACCCUACAGCCCUAUAUGCCAGCUCAACCUCAGCAAGCCUAUCAACCACAGCAAGCGUACGCCGCCCCGCAACUCUUUCAGCCCCAGCAAGCGUACAGUACCCAACAGCCCUUUCAGCCGCAGCAGACCUACACAGUCCAGCAAACCUUCCAGGCUCAAACGGCAUACACUUCCCAGCAACCUUUUCCUCCCCAGCAGGCCUACAAUACCCAGCAGCCAUUUCAACCCCAGCCCCAAACUACGUUCACUCCUGCGCAGCCUUUUCAAAUGCAAACCCAGUUCGCUCCUCAGACGCAGUUCCCACCUUUUAGGGUGACCUCCUCGGACCCCAAACCCAACACUAACGAGCCUCCAGAUGGGCCGUCUCCGCCCCCUUCUCUUCAUUCGCCGCCCCUAUUUGGGUCACAUUGUAGCUCCCCUCUGCAGCUGGACCUGCUGCAGCUGGAGGAUAAACCAGACUCACACAGCACAGCGCCUCCUUCAGGAUCCCAGGGCAUCUGCAGCUUGGCACAGGACCAUGGAGCUAAUCCAGCCAGCAGUAGCACCACCACCCCAGCAGUGGAGGAGGUACAGCAGUCAUGCUGCCAAAGCGACGGUCACUCUUCCUCCAGUGACCUGAUGGAGUUACUGAAGCAUGAAGACUCACGCUCUGGAACGGGCUCGGCCACCUCUGCCUCCACAGGCUCUGCCUCCAAUGGCUGCAACACAUCUAACAGUGGCACAGGGAGCAGUAACACAAGCAAAUAUUUCGGGAGUGUGGACUCUUCAGAAAAAGGCCACACGGAGAAGAGGAAGAAAGGCGAUCAGAACUUCAAAUAUGUCCUACAGGAUCCGCUCUGGCUGCUAAUGGCCAACGCUGACGAAAACGUCAUGAUGACCUAUCAGGUGCCAGCACGGGAUUCGGAUAAAGUGUUACGGGAGGAUCGUGAGCGUUUGCGGCGAAUGCAGAAGAGUCAGCCCCGUUUCACCUCAGAUCAGCGGCGAGAGCUUAUAGAGCAGCACCCGUGGAUGAGGAGAGGGGGCCUACCCAAAGCUAUAGAUGUUAAGGAGUGUAUGUACUGUGAGGACGACACCUGUGCACCACUAGAAGAGGACCUGCCAGACAUGGACCUCGGCCUUCUGGGAACAGAGGCGCCACAAGAGGAGGGUGUGGCUCAGACUCCUGAAGGGGCGGGGCAACCUGGACCAGAAUCCGUGUCCUAGCAUCUCUUUAAGCAUGGUCUUAGGGGAGUUUAUCAUACCAGCAUGAGGUGGCUGAACCUGCCAGCAAAACGCCACACGUACACUAUGUUUAUCACACACACACACACACAAACACAGUCUCACCUGUCACAUCACAUAGUUUACACUGCCCAGUCUGGAGCUGAAGAUACACCUCAGUUUCUUUUUUAUAAAGCAGCCAAAUCGACUCUACCUUUAGUUACAGUAUAGAUGUGUGUGUGUGUGCGCAUGUGUGAGUGUAUUUCUGUGUGUGCAUCAAUAAGCUGAUGGUCCAGAAAUGUUUGGUGCAGUUUUAUACACGGAUUAACCACAAACUAUUCCAACACAGUGUUUUAACUAAGUGGUUAAUUAUUAAAUUAUGUAAUUAAGUUAAUGGAAAGGUUCUUUUCGUCAGUCCAAAAAAUGAAGCAGAAUAUCUGUUUUUUUAGGUUUCUCUUUUAGAAGGGUUUAUUGCAAUCAGAGAGAUUUUUGUGAGAUAAAGAAACACUGUAUAUAAUAUUAUUAUAAUUAAUUAAUAGGACUGAUUAUGAAUGUUUGAAGGAUGCAUAUAUGUAAAUUGCACAAGUGUUCCUAUUUGAGACUUGAGAUAAAGUAUGGAUACGGGAUUGGACCAGUACUAGUGGACUACAUACACUGACCAUGCAGCAUGAUGAUGACCCAACUGCAGUACAGUCCAGUCCAGUCUAAAUGUGUUCUAACGGAGUCUGUUGACUCGAAACACUGGAACAAAGGACCAGAGGACAAAAGCAGUGACCAGCAGUACAGUGCUGCCUUUACACACCAGACAAAAACAGAACAUGUGUACUCUGGUCAUUUCCUGUGGUCAUGGACAUUCAGAAACUUGACACUAGGUACAACAUCAUUUAUGAGCAGAACAUGGACCAAACGAACCUCCCUCUAUCUUUUUAUCUCUGUUUUUUUUUGUCUAUCAGUGUUUUUGUUUUGUUUUUUAUAUAUAGAAAGAUUUGUCUUCUCAAAAUACAACGUUGACUGCCAGAGUUCUGUUUAAACAGUAUAUUUUUAUUACUUGCUCAACUCUCUAAUGCUACCACUCUCUUUGGUGUUAUAUUUGAGAAGUUGUUUAAAUGUGGACAAUCAGGAGGAGUAGGAAGAGUAGGAAAAGCCAGGUGUUUUGUGUUUUGAUGAGAGUCGAAUUGUGAGAGUGUAAGACUAGAGAUAUACUUGUAAAUCUGUAAAACUGUAAAACUGACUCUAGGUGUAGUAAAACAUGAUUAAGAGUCCAUGUAAGAGUCCAUGAUUAAGAGAUCCAGUAAUUUUGUGCUUUUUGCCCAGCACUCUUUGCAACAGGCGCUUAGAACAGCACUCUUAAUUACUGGAUCUCUGAAACCUGCGGGGGAGCAGAGGUGGGCUAUUCAACAAAUGUUAGUACUCUUUAUCAUGUUUUACUUCACCAAAAGUCAAUUUUACACCGGAGUCCUCCUUCUCCCUGCAGACGGCAACACUGAUAAGGCACUGUGGCCCCCGGGGACUCAAAAACCCAGAUUACCUGAGAGUUUUAACCAAUUUUAAGCAGCCGCAACUGCUGCUUCCUGUAUUUAAGGCUGAGGUUUAGUGUGGUAUGGUAUGCCAGACUGUGAUUGGACUUCAAAUAUAGUUGAUGUUAUAUGACAGAUUGGUGAGCGCAGUAACUGUGUGGUAGACCAUGUUUCUUUACUUUCCCAUGUCAAAGAUUGUUUUGACAAUAAAAUUAAAUAAUAAUAAAAAAAAAAACCUGACCCCCUGUCCCUAUCCCCUUUCGACAAAAGCCCUUUGGCGUUAAAGGACAUGAGCCAGACCCAGAGAAAAUAUUUUUUUAUUUUGGUAUUGUUUAAUGUUUGUUUAAUUUAGUGUGUUUUCUCAAAAAAUUUAUGAUAUUCUCUUCGUCUUUAUGUUUAUUUUCCCUUUUUUAUUUGCUAGAAAAUCUGUCAAUGUUGUCAUUUUUGUUCUGUGUUCUAAUAAAAUUAUGACACACUGCU